AUGGCGGCACCUGCUGCGCGGAAACUUGCGAAGGACAUAGAGGUGGUCCUGAAGAAGGCCCACGAGGGUGUUGAAGAGUUUGCGGAGUUUUGGGAGCAAAUUGCAACUGCACAAGGGCCCCAGAAAGAAAGGUUGGGUGAGGAGUUGAAGAAGUGCAUCAACAAGCAGCAAAGACUCAGAUCCCAGAUGAGAGACUGGCUUGGAUCGCCUCAAGUCCCAGCGCCUUUGAAAGACAAGCUGGAAGAGGGCAGAAAGCGAAUAGAAAGCGAUAUGGCGAGAUUCAAGGACUUUGAAAGAGAGUUCAAGACAAAGGCCUUCUCCUACACUGGGCUGGCCAAGACAGACGAGCUCGACCUAGAAGAAGCCGAGAAGGUGAAAUCGCAGGAAUGGUUGGCGCAGACCAUCCAGGCCCUCAAGGACCAGCUGGACCAGUUCGAGGCUGAUUUGGAGUUGCUGCAGGGAAAGAGGUCCUUGAGCAGUGACGACAAGUCGAGACUGCCCAAGCUCCAGACAGCCCAAGACAGGACUCGAUGGCACAUCAAGAAGCUGGAGCAGCUUUUGAGAGCCGUCAACAAUGAUGCAGUUGAGAUUAGCGACUUGGCAGUUGUGCGAGAUAGCAUCGACUUUUACGUUGAUGCUGGAGAGGACUCGGAUGGAGUUCACGAUGAGACGCUGUACGAUUGCUUUGACUUGACGGAGUUUGAAGAGAAGGUCGCUCCUGCGAGGACGCCCUUGCACCCACAAGUACUGCAUUGA